CAAACGUCAACUGCUCAAGCUGUCAACUGGCACGUCCUUCAGCGAGUAUACACCGGCCUUAUCCAGUACUUUAGUGCUUACAUCUGCGACUGUCCAAGACUUGCAACUCCGGCAUGGCUGUUGUAAAGGGAGGAGUAUGGAAAAAUACCGAGGACGAGAUCCUUAAAGCUGCCAUCUCGAAAUAUGGGAAAAACCAAUGGGCGCGAAUAUCUAGUCUGCUUGUGCGCAAGACACCCAAGCAAUGCAAGGCCCGGUGGUACGAAUGGCUCGACCCAGCUAUAAAGAAGACGGAGUGGUCUAGAGAUGAGGACGAGAAGCUUCUUCAUCUUGCGAAGUUAAUGCCGACGCAAUGGAAGACCAUCUGUACUAUUGUUGGUCGUACCGCCAGUCAAUGUCUGGAGAGGUAUCAACAGCUUCUUGAUGAGGCGGAAGCGAGAGAGAACUCCGAACUUGGGUUUACUGGCAGUGCAGGGGCGGAAGGAGUACCCAGCGCUGAGGACGUCCGUCGUUUGCGGCCCGGCGAGCUGGACCCUGAUCCGGAGACAAGGCCAGCAAAACCGGAUGCUAUCGAUAUGGAUGAAGAGGAGAAGGAAAUGCUCAGCGAAGCGCGUGCUCGUCUCGCAAAUACACAGGGUAAGAAGGCAAAAAGGAAGGCACGCGAGAAGCAGCUGGAGGAAUCACGACGUCUAGCUGUUCUACAAAAGAGGCGCGAGUUGAAAGCUGCGGGAAUCAACACCAAACUUCAUCACCGCGCGAAAGGUCAAAUGGACUAUAAUGCCGACAUUCCAUUUGAGAAGCAGCCAGCGCUUGGAUUUUACGACACUUCUGAAGAACAACUUCGUCAAGGAAAGGCUAGAGUAAACGUUGAUUUGGCAAAGCUAGAGAACAAGCGUCGUGGAGAGCAGGAUGAGAAGGAAAAAAAGAAACGCCAAAAGCGGGAGAAUGUGGAAGACAAACGACCCGGUGAGAAGCCUCUUGAUUCAGCUUUGCAAGCUGGCCAAGCACAGAGGCUGCGAGAUGCGGAACAACUCAGUAGGCGGCGAGGUCUCGUUUUGCCUGCACCACAAGUUGGAGCUCAAGAACUUGAGAACAUUGUCAAAAUUGGGAUGGCUAGCGAGAGUUCUCGAGACCUUGUCGACGAAGACGCGAAUCCAGCGACGCGUGGACUCAUAGGCGAGUACUCAACCCUCAAUAGCAACGGGCCAGCUCGGACGCCCCAGGCUUCAGCUGCGACGGACAAUAUUGCCGUGGAAGCUCGAAACCUGCGCGCCAUGACCCAGACUCAAUCGUCCCUGUUAGGCCAGGCGAACACACCAUUGGGUGAAUCUGUCGGGACGGGUUACGACGGAAUUUUACCGCGAAAACAAACACUCGUCACACCCAAUCCUCUAUCAACACCGCUCCCCAGUAUGCCUGCACCCAAUGCCUCUAUCGCGGGCACAACGCCCCUACGAACGCCACGCGACAGACUUGCAAUAAAUGGAAAUGGUCAAGGUCAGGACCUUAUUGGGGCAACACCGCGUGACCUCCGCGUGCACCAUGAAGCGGCUGCUUCAACGCUUCGUUCAGCUUUGGCAGCGUUGCCGAAACCCAAGAAUGACUUUGAACUAGUUAUGCCCGAUGUGCACGCUGUGGAAGGAAGCAGCGUAGAUCAAGCGACACCAACUCUUGAAGACGCCGAGGUGCGCGACCGACGCAUCCGCGCUCAGAAAGAGGCUUCCCGUCAGGCUGCCCUGAUGAGAAGAUCCCAGGUCCUACAGAGGAACCUGCCGAGGCCCUUGUACGUGAACUUGGAUGCGCUCAUGAGCAUUGCAGGCGAAUCCGAAAACGAUGCUGAGAGACUUGUGCUACAAGAAAUGGCGACAUUGGUCGCACAUGAUGCUGCACAAUAUCCCGCUCCGGGCUCCAACAUUAGCGGCACUGCGCAUGUGCAGACCGACCUACUGGACUCCUUGAUGGACCGGGCGCGUUCCGAGAUAGCGAGAGAGCAUGGUAUACAUGUCGACCCUCAGUCCUCCUUUCAUGACGCGUGGCAUAAACUGCACAGUGGCAGCAAACAUGUGCCUGGGUCAGACAUUUACUGUGAUGUAGAUGGAGAACACGACGUCAAUGCUGUGAAAGUCAAGUUCGAGAAAACCAUGAGGAACCUGUCUGAGGAUGCUGACCGCAGUCAUAAGCUCGAGAAAAAACUGUGCAUUCUCCUCGGCGGCUAUCAAGCACGUUCGCGUACCCUUUCCGCUAAGUUACGUGAAGCACACGAAGCUAUCGUUCAAACCGCCAUCGACUUGGGAUGUUUCCAAACACUCUGGCUUGCAGAGCGUGACGUGAUUCCCAGACGUGUAGCGGUAUUGGAAGAGGAGGUUAACUUCCUGGCUCGUCGGGAGAGCGAAGGGCAAACGCGAUACCGAGAACUUCUUGAGGACAAGAGCACUUUGCUAUUGGGGUGAUUUAGUAGAAUAGCCAACACGUCUACUAUCUCAUUCUUUCAUUAGCAAGGGAUGGAACCCCAGACAAACGUGCACACAGUGCAGAACUCAAGUGAUUGUGCAAGUAAUGGUAUUCUUAACAAACUAGCAAAGCACCAACCCAGAAGACAGCCCAAUGAUGCAAUGU